AUGCAAAACCUGACCGAUAUCAGCUUCAACAGCAGCAGCAACAACAACAGCAGCGGCAUCGGCGGCGUCAUCACCGCGUCCGACCAGAAGGUGGCGGUCAUCGUGAAGGUGUGCGUGGUGCUGCCCGUCUUCGGCGUCUUCCUCUACUUCAUCGUGCUGAUGCUGCACACCUUCGCCUCGCACCGCCACUUCCUGGAGAGCACGCGCUACGUCCUGUUCACCUACAUGCUGGCCAAUGACACGCUGCAGCUGCUCACCUCCGUGCUCCUCUUCCUGCUCGUCAUGGCACAGGUGAACUUUGCGCUGGUGUUCUGCGCGCCGCUGCUCUUCUUCUCCACGGCCACCUUCCUCAACACGCCUCUCAUCCUGGCCGUGAUGUCGCUGGAGCGCUACGUGGCUAUCUUCUACCCGCUCCAGCGCCCCGCCGCCUGGCGCCCCGACCGCAUCUGGCUCCUCGUCCUCGCCAUCUGGCUGCUGAGCUGCGUGCAGCCCGCUGCCGACUUCGUCGUGAGCCUGAUGAAACCGCCCAGCGUCGGCGACGGACCAGUGGACCUGCUCACCACACCCGUACAGUGCAAGAGCGCCGAGCUGCACAGGGUGCCUACCCUCACAUUCUUCAAGGUUGUCCUGAACGGGCUGUUCUUCGUGGCGGUGGCGGUGGUGAUUCUCUUCACCUACGUGCGCAUCCUGCUGGGGACGCGCUCCAUCAUGCGUCAGGAGCGGGGCUCGGUGACCAAGGCCCUGCACACGGUGCUGCUGCACGGCCUCCAGCUCCUGCUCAGCAGCUGCGCCUUCACCAUCCCCUUCACCGAGCACCUGAUCGUGCUGCACGUGGGCUGGUCGCGCGAGCACAUGUCCUUCCUCAACUACGUCUCCUUCGUCGUGGUGCCGCGCGUGCUCAGCCCAGUGAUCUACGGCCUGCGCGACGAGAGCCUGCGCAAGCACAUGCGGCGCUCGCCACUCUGCUGCGGCGCUGUCACUGGGUCUGGUGGUGUCGGUGGUGGUGGUGGAGGUGGUGGAGGUGGUGUUGGAGGCCGGGGCCUGGGGUCAGCCAAGGUGAGGCCCAAACUAAAGGGCAAGACUAUGGGGAGGUCACAUUUACUGCCCUGA